AUGCAGCGCGGCUACUACUCAGAGUAUCUGGGCUCGUUCCCGACCGACGACCUGCUGCGCGAGUCGACGUCCGGGCCCAUGGGUGCCGAGUCGAGCGACUCGGCCCACGUCCGGCGCCAGCGCCCGCCGUUGGUCUCGUCGUUCCGCUCGACCCGCGGCGUGUCCGGCGUGACGCUGAGCAGUGCCGCCAGCGGCGACGUGGCGCCCGCUAGCCGAGCGCGAAGCACGCGUGAGGCCGCCGGACUCGGGACCGCUGCUGUCGACGCGUCGGCGUAUGUGACUGCGCCGUCGGCGUCGCGGACCCGCGGCGCAGCCGCACUGCACGUGCUGGCGCAGGCCGGGGCAAUGGUCGGCGUGCCUGCGUCUGCGCUCGAGCCCAAGGUCAUGUCACAGUUUAAGACUGCGCCGGGCAAGACGCCGCGCAAGAUCGAGAUUGAGCGGCGGAAGCGCGAGUAUGCGGCUCAGGAUCUGGAGGAGCUCCUUGCGGCGCAGGGUGUUGACUACCGGCUGAGCGAGGCUGAGCGCAACGCGUCUGCCGCGUUUCCGUCAUACCUCCCACUCGAGCCGUUUGACGACACCGAGUUUGAGGUCCGUACGCCGCGCGAAUGGCUGGAGCUCGGCGUGGAGAAUGGGGUCAUGUGUGGCGUGCCUGGUGCGGCGGUGGUGUUUGACAGCGCCGGGUGCGGCUCGUGGGUGCCGGUCCUCGUGGUCGACUACUCUGCCGAGGCCGAGGCGUACGUCGUCGUCCCGCGUGGAGCGACGCCGGCGUCGGCGGCGUACUCGCUCGUACACCGCAUCCAUCUCUACUUUGUGGCCGAGUCGCCAGCCAACUUUGCGGCGCGUGUGGGCGCGGCGCACCGGUCGCGGCGUGACGCCGAGGCGCUUCUGCGGUACAACCUGUACAUCGACUCGAUGCCGACAGCCGAGCUGCCGUCGAUGACGCAGGGAACAGUCAAUCGGAUCCUCGAGUUUUCGGUGGCCGGCGCCGCGCCAUCGGCGUCACAGCUGACGCUGCUCGAGUCGCUGCUCUCGCAGGUCGGCGUCGAUUACGCGCGGGCUAUGAACAAGAUCAUCUUUGACACUUCGCGGAAGGAUCCUGCCCAGCACGACCAGUUUGCCUUUCUCACCCUCCCGCCAGACCCUGAGCCAGCGCCUGUCCCGCUCACCGGCGCCAUCACCAUUCCGGGCUUUGACUACGAGGCUGCAUACUCGGGCUUUACCUUUCUCUCGUUCCUUACAAAGUCGGAGGUUAUUGCGACGACGGCCAAGGUGCGGACCGAGUGCAACAAGGUGCUGCAGCUCAACUUGUUCAACAACCACGUGACCAAGUCGCUGCGGCUCGACGAGUUUGAGACAAUGCAGAACCAGGCGGCGGUGCAUACGCUCAACCACCUCAAGGACAACUGGAAGACUAAUCUCAAGAACGCCAUUCGCGGCACUCUCAAGGACGUCGGCAAGGGCUGGUUCAACCUCAACGAAAAGUCGCGCGAGGUCUACGAGAUCUCCAAGCUCAAGAAGUUUAUGGUCAUGGUCAAGUUUGUCAUGCAGGACACGCUCCGCUCGCUUGCCCUCGACUCGCUCACCUCGUUCCACAACCUGGUUGUUGGCUCGGCGCCGGUCCACGUCGACAUUGCCUCGCCCGGUGAGGUCGACGUCGUCUUUGGCUCGACACCCAUGCCAGCUGCCGCCGCAGGCCUCGCUGCGCACAAGUACCCGCUGUUCGCGGUCGACCUUGUUGUCCGUGACGGCCAGCUGGUGUACUCGACCAAGCCGUCCGCCUUUGAGGAAGUGCCUAUUCUCCUCUUUGAGCGCGCCAUCUCGCUCAUCCAGGACCUCCCACAGCUCGAGCCCGAGGUCCUGCAGGAACUGUUCUGGGCGACGAAGCCGGUGCUCGAGUCGGUCUCGCGGCACGAUCCGGUUGUGCUCAAGCUCCGGGCUGCCAUGGUCGGCGCCGUGGCGCGGUCGACUGGCCCGCUCGACGCGUACCUUGCGCAGUACGACGAGUACGCCGGCCUCAUUGCGCUCGACCCACUCGAGGCCGUUCGCCAGCUGGAAGACGACGCGGCGUCCGGUGCCGGGCGCCCGCUCACAACAGCCUACCUUGCCGAGCUCAUCCAGGACCACCGCGUCAAGCAGGCCGAGCUCGAGGAGCUCGUCCCGCGCUCGAUCAACAUUGGCAUGUUCCGAGUCUCGUGCGAGCUUGUCCGCAACAUGCUCAUCCGCAAGCGGCGCGACCUCGGCCGGCUCCUCCUCGACCUCCUCGCCCGCCGGACCCGGGCCAAGGCCGACACCUUUUGCGAAGAGUUUGAGGCCGUUGCGGCGAGGCUCCAGGUCCGGCCGACCAAGAUUGAGGAGCUUGUUGACAUGGAAAAGUUCCUUUCCUCGGUCCCGCUCUUUGUCGACGAGCACCUCUCGGCGCUCGAGGAGCUCAACUCGGACUACGCCGUGCUCGAGGAGUUCCGCUACAACCUGCCGCCGGACGACUUUAACCGCAAGUGGGCUGCCGCCGGGUGGCCCAAGUCUGCGCUCGAGAUGGGCGAGACGACGACGCGGGUGCUGGAGAAGGACCGUGCGAGGUUCGAGAAGGACCUGGUGAGCGAUCAGGAGGCAUUCGCCGAGCGGCUGGAAGAGCUCGCCCGAGCCGUCGCAUCGCUCACCAAGUACACCAAGCUCGACGAGGUCGACGACGCCGCCGCCGAUGUAGCCAAGCUCGAGAAGCAGAUUGCGUACGCGCUCGACAAGGUCCAGCUCUUCCACUCGCGCGAAGUGCUGUUUGAGCGCGAGCUGACAGACUACGACGAGGUCUCGGGUGUGGUCAAGCAGUUUGAGCCGUACCAGAAGCUGUGGACGACAACGGCCUCGUGGCUCGAGUGGCACCAGUCGUGGAUGCACGGCCCGUUCUCAGAGCUUGACGCCAAGGACAUGCAGGCCAAGCUGACUGCAGCCUGGUCGUCAAUGUUCAAGCUGGUCAAGGUCUUCAAGGACGCGCCAGGCUGCCUCGCCGUGGCGACAAGCGUCAAGGGCCAAAUGGAUGCCUUCAAGCCGCACGUCCCGCUCAUCAUGGCGCUGCGGAACCGCGGCAUGCGCGACCGGCACUGGGAAACACUCGAGGACAACCUCGGGAUGUCGGUCCGCCCGACCGACGACGCCUCGUUUGCCGAGGUCGCCACGCUCGGGUUGGAGGCCCAUCUCGAGGCCAUCGAGGAGGUCGCCGGCGUCGCGUCGCGCGAGUAUGGCAUCGAGUCGGAGCUUGACUCGAUGCUCGCCACUUGGGAGUCGACAGUCUUUGAGAUUGUCGAGUACGGCGAGACCGAGACGUACAUUCUCCGCGGGACCGAGCCCAUCAUCCAGCUCCUCGACGACCACAUUGUCAUGACCCAGGCCAUGAGCUUCUCGGCCUACCGCGAGCCGUUUGAGGACCGCAUCGGCAAGUGGGAGAAGAAGCUCGAGCUCAUUCAGGAGACCAUCGAGGAGUGGCUCCUCUGCCAGAAGCAGUGGCUCUACCUGCAGCCCAUUUUCUCGUCAGACGACAUCAACCGCCAAAUGGUGGUCGAGGGCAAGCGCUUUGCCACCAUGGACCGCAUGUGGCGGAAGAACCUUGGAUCUGCCGCCGCCGCGCCAGGCGUUCUCGCUGUGUGCAAGGACGCCAAGCUGCUGGACUCGUUCCGCGAGUGCAUCAAGCUCCUCGACCUCGUCCAAAAGGGUCUCACCGAGUACCUUGAGACCAAGCGCGCCAUCUUUCCGCGCUUCUACUUUCUCUCCGACGACGAGAUGCUCGAGAUUCUCUCGCAGACCCGCGAUCCGACCGCUGUCCAGAAGCACCUCUCCAAGUGCUUUGAGAACAUCGGCUCGCUCACCUUUGGCGAGGACAACAUCAUCACCGCCAUGUCGUCGGGCGAGGGCGAGACCGUGCCGUUCAUCGAGCACUUUUAUCCCAAGGGCAAUGUCGAGAACUGGCUGCUCGAGGUCGAGCGCGUCAUGAAGCUCUCGGUCCGCGACGUCAUCAAGAAGGCCGUCGGCGCUUACCCCAAGAUGGCGCGGACCGAGUGGGUCGCCCAGUGGCCGGCCCAGGCCGUCCUCGUCGUGGCGCAGAUCUACUGGACGCAGCAAGUGACUGCCGCCAUCCGGACCGGCACCUUGCCCAAGCUCCAUGCCAUGCUCGUCCAGCAAAUUGACGAGCUCACCAUGAUGGUCCGCUCCGAGCUGCCCAAACUCGUCCGCAAAACCAUUUCGCCGCUCAUCAUCCUCGACGUCCACGCUCGUGACGUCACCGCCCGCCUCGCCGAGGCCCACGUCGACUCAGUCACCGACUUUGAGUGGAUGUCACAAAUGCGCCAGUACUGGGAGGACUCGAACGCGGUCAUCAAGAUGGUCAACACCUCGUUUGUCUACGGCUACGAGUACCUCGGCAACACCGGCCGCCUCGUCAUCACCCCGCUCACCGACCGGUGCUACCUCACCCUCACCGGCGCGCUCCACCUGCAGAUGGGUGGUGCGCCGCAGGGCCCGGCCGGUACCGGCAAGACCGAGACGACCAAGGACCUCGCCAAGGCGCUCGCCAAGCAGUGUGUCGUCUUCAACUGCCAGGGCACCCUCGACCACAUUGCCAUGGGUAAGUUCUUCAAGGGCCUCGCCUCGGCAGGCGCCUGGGCCUGCUUUGACGAGUUCAACCGUAUCGAGCUCGAGGUCCUCUCCGUCAUUGCUACCCAGAUCCUGCAGAUCCAGCGGGCUAUCCAGACCAAGCAGAAGCGGUUCCUGUUUGAGGGCGCCCAGAUUGCGCUCGACCCAACGUGCGCCAUUUUUAUCACCAUGAACCCCGGGUACGCCGGGCGCGCAGAGCUGCCAGACAACCUCAAGGCCCUCUUCCGCCCUGUCGCCAUGAUGGUGCCCGACUACGCCAUGAUUGCCGAGAUCAUGCUUUUCUCGUUUGGCUUUUCCGAGGCCUCGCAGCUUUCGCGCAAGAUGACCGCCACCUUCCGGCUCUCUUCGGAGCAGCUCUCGUCGCAGUCGCACUACGACUUUGGCAUGCGUGCCGUCAAGACCGUCAUUUCUGCCGCCGGUAACCUCAAGCGCGCCGAUCCGUCCAAGUCGGAGGAGAUCAUUCUGCUCAAGGCGCUCAAGGACUGCAACGUGCCCAAGUUCCUCGCCGAGGACCUCGUCCUGUUCAACGGCAUUAUUUCAGACCUCUUUCCGGGCGUGGUCCAGCCUCAGGACUCGUACGGUGCGCUCGAGUCAGAGCUCGUUGCCGCGCUCAAGGCCCAGGGCCUGCAGCCUGCGGCGCAGUCGAUCCACAAGUGCAUCCAGCUGUACGAGACGACUGUGGUACGCCACGGGCUGAUGCUCGUCGGGCCGACCGGCGGCGGCAAGACCGUCACGUACCGGACACUGGCUCGGGCCAUGACGGCGCUCGCUGGGCAGGGCCCGUUCACCAAGGUCCACUACGAUGUGAUCAACCCCAAGUCCAUUACCAUGGAGCAGCUGUACGGGUUCUUUGACCCGAACACCCACGAGUGGACCGAAGGCGUCCUCGCCAACAUCAUCCGCGAAGGCGCCGAGAGUGAGACCGGCGAGAAGCGGUGGACCGUGUUUGAUGGGCCAGUCGACGCGCUGUGGAUCGAGAACAUGAACACUGUGCUCGACGACAACAAGAAGCUCUGCCUCUCGUCCGGCAAGAUCAUUCGCCUCUCGGACGCGCAGACCAUGAUGUUUGAGGUCGAGGACCUUGCCGUUGCUUCGCCAGCUACGGUCUCGCGGUGCGGCAUGGUGUACAUGGAGCCGUCGGGCCUCGGUCUCCAGCCGCUCAUCGACUCGUGGCUGGCCAAGCUGAGCCCUGCGUCGCUCGCUGAGAGCGUGGCGCCGGUCUUUGCCGAGCUCUUCAACGCACUCGCCCUCCCUGCCCUCGCCUUUGUGCGAUCGUCGCUCGUCGAGCCUGUUCCGACCGUCGACAACAACCUCUUGCAGUCACUCAUGCGGCUGCUCGACGCGUUUAUGGCCUCGCUCGUUCCGCCCGAGGGCGGCGCGCUCCCGCAGGCUGCCGUUGACCGCAUCGUCGCCCUUGCGCCGGCGCUCUUUGUCUUUGCGCUUGUGUGGUCGAUCGGCGCCACGUCGGACGCCGCAGGGCGUUCGGCCUUUGACGCUCACCUCCGUGAUGCGCUCGUGGCUGCCGGUCCGCUCGCAGCCUCGGUUCAGCUCCCGGGCGCUGGCCUUGUCUACGACUGGUUCCUCGACUUUGCGGCCGGACUCAAGGUGUCAGCCGGUGGCGCCGCGAGCGGCUCUGCGCUCGCCGAGACGCACGCGGCAGCCGCCGCGGCUGGCGGCGAGAGUGAGGGCUCGGGCUCAAGCCGUGUCUCAUGGGUCCCGUGGAUGGACACCAUUCCGCCGUAUGCCAUCAAGCGGCGGACAGCCUUUGCCGACAUCAUUGUGCCGACCAUCGACUCGGUCCGUUACACGUACAUGCUUGACGUCCUGCUGCAGGCCGGCUCGCACGUGCUCUGCGUCGGGCCGACCGGGACCGGCAAGUCGUCUAUUGUGGGCGACAAGGUGAUCAAGCACAUGGACAAGAACUUUGAGUCGAUUGUGGUGACGUUCUCGGCUCAGACGUCCGAGAACAUGACCCAGGACAUCCUCGACUCCAAGUUUACUCGUCGCCGGCGUACCCAGUACGGGCCGCCGGCCGGCAAGCGGUUUGUCAUUUUUGUCGACGACCUCAACAUGCCGGCCAAGGAUGAGUACGGCUCGCAGGGCCCGAUCGAGCUGCUGCGGCAGUGGAUGGACCAUGGCGGAUGGUACGACCGGUCGUCGCUGACCUUCCUAGAGAUUGUAGACAUUGUGUUUGUUGGCGCGCUCGGCCCGCCGGGUGGCGGGCGGUCAGCAAUGACGCCGCGGUUUAAGCGGCACUUUAACCUGCUCUCAUUCACUGAGCUCUCACGCGAGUCGAUGAGUCGUGUCUUUACCACCAUCAUGGACUCGUUCUUUGGCUCGUUUGUGCCCGAGGUGGCGAGCUUGACAAAGUCGGUGGUCGAGGGCACCAUCUCAGUCUACGCCUCGAUCCAGGCCGAGCUGCGGCCGACACCGUCGCGGUCGCACUACACGUACAACCUCCGCGACCUGUCCAAGGUGGUCGAAGGCGUGGUACAGGCAUCGCGUGAGGCGGUGCAGAGCCGGGCCGAGCUGGUGGCGCUCUGGGCCCACGAGUGCACCCGGGUCUUCCAUGACCGUCUCGUCGACGCGCACGAUCGCGAGUGGUUCAAGGGAGAGCUUAAGAAGAUUAUGGCCUCGCAGUUUGGCAUGCGGUGGCUGGACGUGGCCAAGGAUCUCGGCCUUGCCGCACGGAGCAGCAGCUCGGCGGCCGGAGCCGUGAGCGGCGCAGAGCUCGACGACGUGGUGUACGCGCGGGUGGAGGACAUGAGCGUGCUUCUCCGGGUGGUGGAAGAGUAUCUUGAGGAGUACAACGCGACGCAGGAGAAUCCGAUGAACCUGGUCAUGUUCAACGACGCCAUUGCCCACAUUUCACGCAUUGUGCGGACCAUCCGCCAGCCGCAGGGCAACUGCCUGCUGCUGGGCAUGGGCGGGAGUGGGCGGCGGUCGCUGGCGCGGCUUGCGGCGUUUAUUGCCGGCUACGAGGUGUUCUCGAUCGAGAUUUCCAAGAGCUACGGUGUGGCCGAGUGGCACGAGGACCUGCGGAGGAUGUUUAUGCUUGCCGGUGUGGAGGGCAAGAGCCUGGUCUUCCUCUUUGCCGACUCGCAGAUUGUGCACGAGUCGUUCCUGGAGGACAUUUCGAACAUUCUCAACGCCGGCGUGGUGCCCAACAUUUUCGGACCCGAGGAGGAGGAGGCCAUUCUGGAGACGAUGCGGCCGGUGGUGCAGAACUUGGGGAUCAAGGUGACCAAGACCACCAUUUUCGACCACUUUGUCAAGCGGCUCCGGGCGAACAUUCACUGCGUCCUCGCCAUGUCGCCCAUUGGCAACGAGUUCCGGACCCGGAUCCGGAUGUUCCCCUCGCUCAUUGCGUGCACCACCAUCGACUGGUUCUCGCGCUGGCCGCUCGACGCGCUCGAGUCUGUGGCGAACAAGUUCCUCGCGCCGGUGGCUGCCGAGUACUCGCCGGCGGUCCACGCGGCAAUGGUCGACUGCGCGGCGACGAUGCACGAGUCUGUGGUCGGCGCGUCGGCCAAGUUCCUUGUGCAGGCCGGGCGGUUCAACUACGUGACGCCUGCCUCGUACCUCGAGCUGCUCAACGUGUACGAGAGUGUGAAGAAGACCAAGGCCGAGGCGUUUGAGACGCGCAAGGCGCGGCUGGAGGUAGGCUUGCAGCGGCUGGUCAAGACCCGGGCCGACGUCGAGGUGCUCCAGGAGGACCUCGAGGCCAUGCAGCCGGGCCUUGUGCAGCUCCAGAAGGAGGUUGAGUCGACUAUGAUCCGGAUCAACGGCGACAAGGAGUCUGCCGCCAAGUCGCGGGUGGUGGUCAUGCAAGAGGAGGAGGAGGCGCGGAAGAAGGCGCGCGAGUGCGAGGACAUUGCGGCGUCGGCCAAGCGUGACCUCGACGAGGCGCUGCCGGCGCUCGACGCCGCGCUCGUUGCGCUCUCAGAGCUCGACCGGACGGAUCUUGUUGAGAUCAAGGCGAUGCAGAACCCGCCAGCAGGCGUCAAGAUGGUCAUGUCCGCCACGUGCAUCAUGUUUGGCAAGCGGCCACAAAAAGUGGAUGUGCCUGGAGCCAUCGGCAAGAAGCAGGACGACUACUGGCCGGUGGCGCGCCAGCUCCUCUCGAACCCGAUGCAGCUGCUCAACUCGAUGUACGACUUUCCGAAGGACAACAUUCCCGAGGCGACGAUUGCCAAGAUCCAGCCGUACAUUGAGGAUCCGGACUUUGAGCCGGAGAAGGUGGUCCGCGUCUCGGUGGCGUGCAAGUCGAUCUGCAUGUGGGUCCGCGCAAUGGAAAAGUACCACCAGAUCUCCAAGGUGGUGGCGCCGAAGCGACAGGCGCAUGCCGAGGCCAAGGCCUCGCUCGAUGCCACGCUCCUCUCGCUCAAGGAGUCACAGGACAAGCUCGCCGAGCUGGAGGGCUCCAUUCUGGAGCUCGAGCAGCAGUAUGAGGACUCGGUGAAGCGGAAGGAGGACCUGCAGGCGCAGGUAGAGAAGACGAAGCAGCACCUCGCGCGGGCGCACAAGCUCAUCGGCGGCCUUGCCGACGAGAAGGACCGGUGGAAGGAGGGCAUUGCCGACAUCGAGGGCUCGCUGCACGCGUUGGUGGGCGACGCCCUCCUUGCCGCAGCUGUCAUUGGGUACCUAGGCGCGUUCACGACACCAUUUCGCGAGGAGCUGGUGGCGGGGUGGCUGGCCAAGAUGGGCGAGCUGGACAUUCCGCACACGCCGUCGUUCUCGAUCCGGACGGUCCUUGGCUCUGCCAUUGAGCUGCGGGCGUGGAACCUCGCGGGCCUGCCGAACGACACGCUCUCGACCGAGAACGGCGUUAUCGUCAAGUACUCGCGCCGGUGGGCGCUCAUGAUUGACCCGCAGGGCCAGGCGAACAAGUGGAUCCGCAACAUGGAGGCCGAGAACGGGCUCGACGUCAUCAAGCUGUCAGAGAAGGACUACUUGCGGACGCUGGGUAACGCCAUCCGGUUCGGCAAGCCGGUCCUACUCGAGAACGUGCCAGAGAGCCUGGACCCUGCGCUCGAGCCUGUCCUCCUCAAGCAAGUGGUGGAGCGCGAGACCGGGCCAUGCAUCAAGGUCGGCGACCAGGAGAUCCCGUACCGCGACGACUUUAGGUUGUACAUCACGACCAAGCUCCCGAACCCACACUACAAGCCGGAGACGUCGACCAAGGUGACGCUGCUCAACUUUACCCUCUCGCCUGAGGGUCUGGAGGAGCAACUGCUCGGCGUGGUGGUGGCCAAAGAGCGGCCGGAUCUGGAGGAUACCAAGAACCACCUGGUCUCCUCAAACGCCAAGAUGCGGCAGGAGCUUGCCGAGAUCGAGGACCGGAUUCUGUUCCUCCUCUCGUCAGCCAAGGGCAACCCGCUCGAGGACGAGGUGCUCAUCGACGAGCUCGCCAACUCGAAGAAGGUCUCGCUGGAGAUCAAGCAAAAGGUGGUGGAGCAGGAAGAGACCGAAGUGGAGAUCGACGCCACGCGGCGGCAGUACCAGCCUGUGGCGGUCCGCGCGCGCAUUCUGUUCUUCUGCAUCACCGACCUGGCCGCAGUCGACCCGAUGUACCAGUACUCACUCAACUGGUUCAUGGGCCUGUUCUCGGCCGGGCUGGCCAACUCUGAGCCCGACGACGAGCUCGGGGUGCGGCUCAACAACAUUUCCGAGUAUUUUACGUACUCGCUCUACCGCAACGUCUGCCGCUCUCUGUUUGAGCGGCACAAGGUGCUCUUCUCGUUCCUGCUCUGCACGCGGAUCCUUCGCGGAGCGCAGCCGGACUACGUCGAUGCCGACGAGUGGCGGUUCCUGCUCGGCGGCUCGUCGCUCAUUCUGGAGGAGUCGAAGAGCAACCCUGCGCCCGAGUGGCUGACGCAGGUUGCGUGGGAGGCUGUGCAGAAGCUCGAGCUUGUGCUCCCGCGGUUCUCGGGCUUCACCGCGUACUUUGUGCGCCACAUUGAGUUCUUUGCCAAGUACUUUAACUCGAGCGCACCGCACAAGCUCGAACUCCCGGGCCUGUGGCAGGAGCGGCUGAACGCGGUGCAGAGGAUUGCGCUGCUGCGGUGCCUGCGGCUGGACAAGGUCGCCGGCGCGGUGGAGGACUUUAUCGCGGAGGAGCUGGGCAAGGAGUUUAUCAUUCCGCCGACGUUUGAUCUCGCCUCUGUCUACCGCGACUCGUCGCCAACGACGCCGCUAAUCUUUGUCCUCUCGCCGGGCGCGGAUCCCGGAGCAGACUUGUACAAGUUUGCGGUGGAAAUGCGGUUCUCGAAGAAGCUGGCGACUAUUUCGCUUGGCCGUGGACAGGGCGUGCGUGCCGAGGAGAUGAUUGCCGAGGCGAUGGAGCGCGGGACGUGGGUGCUGCUGGAGAACUGCCACCUCGCGACGUCGUGGAUGCCGGACCUCGAGCGCAUCGUGGUCUCGUGGCAGCCAGAGAAGAUCCACCGCGACUUCCGGCUGUGGCUUACCUCGAUGCCGUCGCCUGAGUUUCCGGUUGUCGUCCUGCAGGAGUCUGUCAAGAUGACCAACGAGCCGCCCAAGGGUGUGCGAUCGAACCUGCUGCGGACGUACGCGUCGCUGGAGGAGGGUGCGCUCGACGACUCGAAGAACCCGCGGGUGUGGCGCAAGCUCCUCUACUCGCUCGCCAUGUUCCACGCGGUCAUCCAGGAGCGCCGCAAGUUUGGCCCACUCGGGUGGAACAUCCCGUACGAGUACACUCGCGGCGACCUGGCCAUCUGCAUCCGGCAGCUGCACAUGUUCCUCGAGGCGUACCCUGCACCGCCGUACCGGGUCCUCAAGUUCCUCGCCGGGCACAUCAACUACGGUGGCCGCGUGACGGACGACAUCGACCGGCGGACGCUGAUGACCAUCCUGGGCGACUUUUACACGCCCGAGGUCCUCGACUCGCAGUUCCGCUACGCGGGCGACGACGUUUACGCCAACCCAGAGGCUGACACGGUCAAGGGUGUGAUGGACUUUGUCGAGGCGCUCCCGCACAACGACCCGCCACAUCUGUUUGGCAUGCACGAGAACGCAGACAUCACGUUUGUGCAGAACGAGGUCGCUGCCAUGUUUGCGGCAAUGGUCAAGCUGCAGCCGGCGGCGACGGCAACGGCGGCGGUGGCAUCGGCGAGCUCGGCUGACCUCAACGAGAGCACAGAGGCCGGUGCGACCAAGGGCGCUGAUGCGGCCAAGAGCGCCAGCGCCGGUGCCAGUCUUUCGGUGGAGGACAAGGUCAAGGCAACCGCGGUGGAGGUGCUGGAGCGUGUACCGGGGCCGCUUGACGAGAGCCUUGUCUCUGCGCAACACCCGCUGGAUCCGAAGGAGUCGAUGUCGACGGUGCUCAUUCAGGAGGUGAUGCGGUACAACGCGCUGCUGCGUGUGGUCAAGCAGUCGCUCGGCGACCUGCUCGACGCGCUCGACGGGCUGGUGGUCAUGUCGCUCGAGCUGGAGGAGAUGGGCAACUCACUGUACCACAACCAGGUGCCCAAGAUGUGGGAGACGAUGGCGUACCCGUCGCUCAAGCCGCUCUCGGCGUGGGUGGUCGACCUCGUGGCGCGAAUGGAGUUCAUCGCGGGUUGGGCAGCGCGCGAGGGCAACCCGACGGUGUACUGGAUCUCGGGCUUCUUCUUCCCGCAGGCCUUCCUCACCGGAACGCUGCAAAACUAUGCGCGCAAGUACCUGGUCUCGGUCGACACGCUCUCGUUCGAGCACGUGGUCAUGACCGAGACCAAGGCCGAGCUGGAGGCCGCCGGACCACCCGAGGACGGUUGCUACAUCUCGGGCCUGUACAUGGAAGGCGCGCGGUGGUCGCAGGACGCCGGCGCCAUUGUCGACUCGCGCUCUAAGGAGCUUUACACCCUCAUGCCGGUCAUCUGGCUCAAGCCGGUGCCGGACAAGCCCAAGCCGUCGAACUCAGUCUACGUCUGCCCGGUGUACAAGACGCUUGCCCGUGCCGGUGAGCUCUCCACCACCGGCCACUCGACUAACUACAUCACCUCGAUUGAGCUCCCGAUCAAGGUCGCCAGCCAGGGCGAGGCCGACGAUGGCGACGACGAGCUUGUUGGCGGUGGGGCCGAGUGGGUCAAGAAGGGUGUCGCCAUGUUCUGUGCGCUCAACUACUAACUAGCCGCGAGCGAUCAUGCAGGCGCUGUGACGCGCAUCUCAAAGUGAACAACGCAAACACAAUACACAGUUUGACGCAAGUCCUAUCACCGCGCGUGGCAGCCGCCACGCGCCGGCCGAUCGGUAUCGCAUGACGGCGGCUCGAGGUGAGAAAAGGCUCAGAGGCGACGGCGAUGAAAGUUAAGCUCGGCUUCGACCAUGCGGGCCUUGAUGAGCUCGCGGGCAGCCGAGACCUGCUGCUGGGUGCCGGAAAAGGUGACGCGGCGGCCCGAAGCGUCGGGCGCAACCUCUGAGCGGUUCUGGAUCUUGAUAAAGGCGCCCGAGGCGGUGCGGAUGGAGCGGAUGGCGGAACCGCCGCGGCCUAGAAUAAAGCCGACGAGGUGGUGCGGGACAA